AUGGCAUUAUUAACUUACUCUUCCGCGUGGUGGGACGUGAACUCAACCUCUUUCUUCUUGGUCUUGGCCUUACUAUGGUUCUCUUCCCUUCUUCUUAAGAAGUUCACCCAAAAUGCUCAAAACUCUCUGCCUCCCGGACCAAUCGGGAUACCCCUUUUAGGGAGCCUACCUUUCAUUAAUGGCGAUCUUCACUCUUACUUCACUGCCACGGCUAAGACCUAUGGCCCAAUCUUCUCCCUACGGCUUGGAAACAAGAUCGGUGUUGUCAUCUCCACUUCCUCGGUGGCACGAGAAGUUCUCAAAGAUAAAGACAUCAUCUUUGCCAACCGAGAUGCCACUAUUGCUGGUAAAGUCGUGUUCUAUGGUGGCUCUGACAUUUUGUGGAGCUCUUACGGACCUGAGUGGCGGAUGCUGAGGAAAGUCUGCACCCGAGAGAUGCUUAGCGGGUCCAUGGUAGAUUCCUUCCAUGAUAUCCGGCGGAGGGAGGUUCGAAAGAUGGUCAAUAGCCUUUGGGUCCGAAGGAUGUCACCGGUGGAUGUUGGAGAAGAGAUAUUCAUGACGGUGUUGAAUAUAAUCACCAACAUAUUGUGGGGAGGUAGCGGAAAUGAGGUGGCGGAAAGGAGUCUAGGGACUGAGCUUCGGACUGCUGUAGACGAAAUUUCGGUGCUGCUAGGAAAGCCAAAUAUAUCGGAUUUCUUUCCAUGUUUGGCGUAUUUUGAUUUGCAGGGUAUUGAAAAACAAUCGAAGAAAAUGGUCAAGAGGUUUGAUAAUGUUUUUGAAUUGAUGAUAGAUGAACGUACGAGACUAGAGGAUAAUAACAAGAAGGAUUUUUUGCAAGCUCUAUUGAAUUUGAGAAAAGGAGGAGGAGAUGCUAAAACGUCACUAACCAUUACCCAUAUUAAAGGGCUUUUGAUGGAUAUGGUUAUGGGAGGGACGGCUUUAACAUCAAGCACAAUGGAAUUCAUGUUGGCUGAAAUGAUGAACAAUCCCGAUGUAAUGAAUAAAGCACAACAAGAAUUAGAAGUCGUGGUGGGUGCAAAUAAUAUGGUUGAAGAAUCACAUAUUCACAAAUUACCUUAUUUGCAUGCAGUCAUGAAAGAAACACUGCGCUUACAUCCGGGUGCGCCCCUUUUAGCUCCACACUGCUCUAGUGAGUCAUGUCCCAUUGGUGGGAUCACAAUCCCAAAGGGUGCUUUGGUAUUUAUCAAUGUUUGGGCCAUCCAGAGGGAUCCUUCUAAUUGGGAGGAUCCACUCAAGUUUGAUCCCGAGAGAUUUAUGAAGUCAGAGUGGGACUUUUGUGGAAAUGACUUUAAGUACUUCCCAUUUGGUUCUGGUAGAAGAAUUUGUGUGGGCAUUGAAACUGCUGAAAGAAUUUUUGUCUUCUUAUUGGCCUCGCUCAUCCACUCUUUCGAGUGGAAAGUGUCUCACGGGGAGGAGCUCGACUUAGAAGAGACAAUUUCGAUUGGGCUCAAGAAGAAGAAACCUCUCAUUGCAAUACCAACGCCUAGGUUUCUUGAUGAAGCUUUAUACGAGUAAUUAUUGCUAAAUAUU